GCCGCCUCCUCCUCCUCCGGCGCGGCCUUCGCGUAGCUUCCGAGGGCGCCUGGGCUUGGCUGCCGAGGCCGUGAGUUCGAUCCCGGCGAGGGCGGCGUCCGCGCAGGAUCCGCCAUGGCGGCCUCUCCGGGCCCCCUCUUCCCCAGCUACUUCCGCGCCGGGCCCCCAAGCGGCACAGCCUCCCGCUGCAGUUCGCUAGUGGCAGGCUGGGGCCGGUGCGGGCCGGUGCGGGCCGAUCCCGAGGUGCCGGCGGGGCAGGCCGCGACAAGGUUCGUGCCCCGCCACAGGGCGAGGGCCCGGGAGAGCUGGUCGCCCGACGAGGCUGCCCCGCUGCCCCUGAAGCCGCCCAACGCCGGCUGCAGAGUGCCAUCCGUGGCCCCUCAAGACAUUCUUUACGUAGGGCUGAUACAGCGGAUCAUGGAAGCGACCAACACUGGUGCGCAGGCUGCCCUGGACUUCACAGAACAGCUAGGCGCCUUCUUUGUGGACUACCCCCAAGUGGCCUUUGGCGCCAUGGGCCCCUUGCUCCAGGACAACUUCUACCUAGGAGAUUCACAAGUCCCGAGAAAAAAAUGGGACCACGUCUGCCGUGUGACCUCCCUUUUCAGACACCUUGAUGCCAUUGGUGCCAGGAGCUGCCCCUGUCUCCAUGCCAAGCAGCAUCUGCGCAGGGUUGCCCAUCUGUGCCGGGACUGGCUGUUUGAGCUGCCCCUGGAGCUGAUCGCUGAGUGGGUGCACGAUGACCUGGCCGAGCAGUGGAGGCGCUUUUCAUUUGAUGAGACCCCAACGGGGGGGGCUUUGGCAUGGCUGCCCAGAGAGGGUAGCAGGGAGCCCACGGGCAGUGGCUGCCUAGUGUACCCAGCUGGCGAGGCCAUGAACCAGCUCUGCUUCCAGGAUGUGACUCUGGUGCCCACCGCCACCGGCUCCCUCAGGCCUCAAACCUCCAGCCGCCCUGCUCAGUUUGAGCUCAAUGGUGUGGUCCAGCAAGUGGCAGUCGCGCACGUGGACGGUAGUGACUUCAUUGGGGUGCGCUCGGAGUAUCACUGUGCAGCAUGGAGGAUGCCGCGUGGUGCGUCCCCUGCCCCCCUCCAGGUUGUCCGCACAGAUACCCCCUGCUCCUCUAUCGCAGUCAGCCCCCACAUGCCUGGCGAACUUUCCCUUUGCACUUUCAGUGGAGCCCUUUAUGCCUGGAAUGUGGAGACAGGACUUCAGCGGCUGCACCAGGACAGCGAGACCAUGUUUUUCCGAGACGCUUCGCCUUGGCAUUGGAGCGAGUUUACCGCCCACCCGCGGGUCCUCAGUUUCGCUGACCGUACCGGCUUGAUGGGCAUUGACCAGAGGGUGCCCUCUCGGCUCCAUAUUGAGCUCUUCAAGGUGCGGGGUGAAGCGGAGUGCCAGCGUGGGGAGCGCCUGGUCCUCUCCAAAUACUUGGGCCAGGCUGAGCCGUACCACCACCUUGUUGCCACUCAGUUCUCGAUGUACGUGCUGGACGAACGCUUCCCACUUGUGCCUGUCCUCAGCUGGGAGCACAUGAUGCAGAGGCCACCCAUCUAUGCCCAUCUCACGCCAGCCGGGGUGCCACAGCGCAGCCACAAGGUGCUCCUGAGUGCCCACCGCUCGCAGGAACUGUUGCUGCUGCAGUACACAGGUGGUGUUGGCACCCCUUGCCAGCUCUGGGGUCCCCCACAGAAGCUCUCUUCCAUCAGUGACAGCCUGCCCCACUUCCCUGUCCAAGUGCCCAGCCGGCAUGAGGCUCUGCGCCAGCGUCUCACCAAGCCCACUGCUGGCAUUGCAGCUGCCCUUGGCCAGCAGGGGCAGAGCCAGACCCUGCUCAUUUUCCAGCUUUCUGAGGCCGGAGACCUCUUCUACCAGCCCUUGCGCCACCAGGUUUUGGGCUUGUCCAGUGAGGAGCGAGGAGAGGAGGACCGGUGGGGGCCAGAGCCAGAUGCCUCGCGUGAGGACAGUGUCGCUGGAGACCCUGAAGGGGCCAUGCUCCGCAAAGGUCCUCCUCUUCCACAUCCAGUGCCCGCCACAACCCCUGGCUUUGCCAGCAGUUACCAGCGCUGGCUCAAGGCCUUUGUCAGGGCCUGGAAACAGCUGCCCACUCAAGAGCAGGGCCGGCCCCAGCCCUCCGCCACCGUCAGCCAGCACCAUCUCUUCAAUUUCCGGCAGUUGCGGGAGCAGGCUGGGGAGACCGCCCUCUGCAGAGAGGCCCGCCAGCGCCUGCAGAAAGCCAUGCAGGAGAAGCGGCUCCUGUGCCCCUGGCCCCCGGGUGAGGCUCCUGUGCCUCUGGCCCUAGAGCCCCAGGCACUACCAGGCGAGCUCGGGGAGCGGCUGGCCGCUUCCUGGGCAGGCAACUGGGCCGGCUGGUGGGAGGAGAAGCUGGGCUUGACCCAGGCCCAGAAGCAGCAGGCGGUGAGGGAGCAGCGCCGUAGGCGCAAGAGGGCCUGGGGCACCCGCAGCCUCUCGGGCAGCUUCACGUCUUCUGCCAGCUACCAGACAGACCAGAGUGACUUCUCUGUGUGGACAGGCAGUAGCCAAGGCUCUGCUAUGGACACGGACAGUCUGCACCCUGCGGCCUCGCCCUGUCCUCCCAAGGAGCCUGGUAGCCCCCCGGGCCCCUGCCCCCCACCUGCUUCCCAAGAGCCCCAGGCGGACUCCCAGGACUCCUCCCAGCUGCUCUCCUCCCAGGCGCUCUCUGCUUGCGGGAUUCCCGCAGAGCGCCGCCAGACCCUCCGCAACUACCUUGCCAUUUUUGAGGAGCCCCUGGAGGACCUGCCUCUGAGCCAGGGGUCCAGCCGAGCCAGUCAGCGCUACCUCCCCUCCUCUCAGGGCUCUCAGAGGGCCCCCAAACGGUCCCGCAUGGGCUUCUGACACCCCCUCGCCCGCCUGCCCGCCCCCUCAGGGCCGGGGCGGGCGUGUUCGGCGCCCCCCUGCAAGUUAUAAAUCAGCGCCUUUACCUUUUAUAAUUGUUUUUUGUUCAUUUUUCAAUUCAAAUGUUAUAAAAAAUGUAACAAGGCAAAUAAGGACAAAUAAGAAAAUUAUUAUGGAAUAGGAAAAUAUUUUGUGUGAAUAGUAAAAUAAAGUAAAAAGAAAACGA